AUGGAAUUAAACAAUAUAAAGUCUUCAGUUUCUCUCAUGUAUGAUGGCUUCAUCCGGAAUGCAGACUCUCGUACAGAAAACUGGUUGCUCAUGUCAUCCCCCGCUCAGCAGAGCAUCAUCAUAUUGGCGUACAUCUUUUUUGUUAUGUCGCUUGGCCCUCGCAUCAUGGAGAAUCGCAAAGCCUUUGACCUGAAAGGAGUCUUGGUGGUGUACAACUUUGGUGUGGUGGCACUGUCACUCUACAUGAGCUAUGAGUUUGUCAUGUCAGGCUGGGGAACGGGAUACUCCUUUCACUGUGACAUAGUGGACUACUCGGAGUCGCCGCAAGCUAUGAGGAUGGCGGCAACAUGCUGGCUUUACUACUUCUCAAAGUUCAUUGAAAUGCUGGACACAGUGUUCUUUGUGUUGAGGAAGAAAAACAAGCAAGUGACAUUUCUUCAUGUUUAUCAUCAUUCCAUCAUGCCGUUUACCUGGUGGUUUGGUGUGCGCUUUGCCGCAGGGGGUAUGGGGACUUUUCAUGCCAUGCUCAAUUGCAUUGUCCAUGUCAUCAUGUACACCUACUACGGCCUGACUGCUUUGGGUCCCAAAUACCAGAAGUACCUGUGGUGGAAGAAGUACCUCACCACCAUUCAGCUGAUCCAGUUUGUGAUUGUGACCACGCACAUCUCACAGUACUUCUUCCUGCACGACUGCCCCUACCAGUUCCCAGUCUUCAUCUACAUCAUUGGCCUGUAUGGCCUCAUCUUUCUCUUCCUCUUCCUCAACUUCUGGUACCACGCCUAUACCAAAGGCAAGCGGCUGCCGAAGGUGCUGCAGGCCCAGAUGUGGGCCCACCACAGCAACGGUGUCAUGAAUGGCCAUGCAAACCACCACAAAGAUGACUAG